GCGACCCGGUGUCGAUCUGAGCGAGCGCGCACCGUCAACCGACAUCCGCGGCACUUUACUAAAGAAGCGGGAGACGGGACGUUGUGCACUCCCCUCUCUCUCUCUCUCUCUCUCUCUCUCUCUCUCUCUGCCUAUAAAACGACUUUCCUCUUGCUGCGCUUUUUAAUAAGCGCUAAUAAUCGCUCUGAAAGUCGCUUUUCGAAGUGCGGCGCAGGAGCGUGGCGUUUACGCACGGCACUUUUAUUUACCAAAAACCCCCCGUCAGUGUGUUCGAUGCUCUGGAUAUUCCUCUGUAAUGGACUCACUGAUGAAGUGUAAAAUGUGAUCGAGGCUUCAGACUGAUGGAGUGAGUAAAACGCGUCCUGCUGUAAGAUCACUGGGUCUCAAAAGUGCAGCAAAACCGAGGAGAUUUUCACUCAGACAUGGAUUGAUUUGGAUUUGCCCUAGUUCCUUCCAUCAGGAGUAGCAACCAGCAUCAGAAAGUUCUUCUUCUUCUUAGCUCUUUAUCACUGGAGAGACUCUACUAGUGAGCAAAGUGGAGGAAUUUCUAUAGAAUUUACCUGGACGAUAGAACAAUUAAUUCGGAACAAGCACCAAAGGGUCGGGUUGAUUUUUGCAUCUAAGUCAUCUGGUAUUGGGUACAGAUUUUUAAAUAGAGCCAUAGCUUCUGUUUUAGGACUUAACAAAAACCUUUAAUCCAGAGAUAUGAGCUAGAUUGAUGGGAAACAAUCUGUUAUUGAAGAAAACUUGUUUUAUAAUGGCUUAUGGAACUGUUAAAUUACUGAAAAUCCUGCAUCUCUCUUGACAGUGUAGCUAUGAGCAGGAACACAGAGGCAUGAUGGAUGAGUACAAUAACACUGCCGAGGUUUUUCUCUUUAACAACACGAGCAGCUUGGACACUUCAAAGCCUUGGGAUGAAGCAACUCGACUAGGUGUCCAGAUCUCUCUCUCGAUCCUACUAGCUAUAGUAACUUUGGCUACGAUGCUGUCCAAUGCUUUUGUCAUUGCCACUAUUUUCCUGACACGCAAGCUGCACACACCUGCAAACUUCCUGAUUGGCUCUCUGGCCCUGACAGACCUACUCGUGUCUAUCCUGGUCAUGCCUAUCAGCAUCUUGUACACAGUGAGCAAGACAUGGACUCUCGGUCCGGUGGUUUGCGACAUCUGGCUCUCAUCAGAUAUCACCUUCUGCACAGCAUCCAUCCUGCACCUGUGUGUGAUUGCGCUGGACCGAUACUGGGCCAUCACGGACGCGCUGGAGUACUCCAAGAGACGGACGACUGGGCGGGCCGUGCUCAUGAUUGCAGUCGUCUGGGUGAUCUCCAUUUCUAUCUCCAUGCCCCCACUCUUCUGGAGGCAAGCUAAGGCUCAUGAGGAGUUGAAAGAGUGUCUGGUCAACACGGAUCAGAUCUCUUACACGCUCUACUCCACUUUUGGUGCUUUUUACGUGCCCACCGUACUCCUUAUCAUCCUUUAUGGGCGAAUCUACGUGGCUGCCCGCAGUCGGAUCUUCAAGUCACCAGCGUCCAGGGCAAAACGAUUCACUACGGCUCAGCUCAUCCAAACAUCGGCUGGCUCAUCCCUGUGCUCGCUCAACUCCUCAUCCAACCAGGAGGGGCAUCUUCACCUAGGAGGGGCCGCAAGUGGAGGAGGAGGGUCUCCAAAUUUCACAAACAGCGUUAAGGUGAAGCUAGCGGAUAACAUCCUGGAGCGAAAACGUUUGUGUGCAGCGAGAGAAAAGAAAGCCACAAAGACACUGGGCAUCAUCUUAGGAGCCUUCAUAAUCUGCUGGCUGCCCUUUUUUGUAGGAACACUGGUCAUGGUUCUUUGUAAGAACUGCUGGUUCCACCCAGUGCUCUUUGACUUCUUCACCUGGCUCGGCUAUCUCAACUCGCUCAUCAACCCUGUGAUCUACACAGCCUUCAAUGACGAGUUCAAGCAGGCCUUCCACAAGCUUAUCAAGUUCAAGAGAUGCUACUGACACUUCCAAUCUGAGCUUGAGCUCAAGAGGGUUGGUAUAUCGGGCAUGAGCAAUGGUAGAACUUUUUCUCUGGCAUUUACUUUGUUGUAUUCAAAUGCAAACUGAUGCAUUUUUGCAUAGUUGAAUGGCCAUGAGACAGCUUGUAAAAAGUUGUGCCAAAUUGUAGAUGUUACCCUGUAGAUUUACUUACUAUGCAUGUCUUAGAGUAUCUGGUUCAUCCUUUAGAAAAUAUUUGUCCUGUAUCUAUAAGCAAUUAGAGACGGCAAGAGCCUUACUGAACAUAACGGGGGACUCGUCAAAUGUUAUGCUUUUACAAAUACGUGGUAUAUACAUAGUCUAUAGA